AUGAAGAGAGAAAAUAAAGAAAACCUAACCCAUAAUUUCAGCUGUCUUAAACAUUUAAAACUUAAGAAUUAACUACUAAUUCUUAUCAGUUUCUUAAUUAUCUUGAUUGUUACAUACGUCGUAUGUGCUAGUUAUAUUCACUCAACCUUUGUGCAAUUUUACUUUACACAAUCCUCAGAAGAAAUUUACUCUAAGCUUUCUAGCGCUUUUAUUACAACUCAACUCUAUAAAUACCAAAGCUAUUUCAAUUCUCUGCUUAAUACGAGUAAUUUUUAAUUUGCUUAUAUAGAUGGUCAAACCCUAGUAUCAGUUUUCUAGUUAUAUAAUUACCUUAAAAAAAAGAAUAGGAGCCAACCAUCUCCCCUAAACCCUUAAUUCAAUAUGCUAUAUGGAGGAGAUGGUGACAAUAUUCCUUAACAUAUAAUCUCUGGAAACAAAAUAUCCUAUUAUAACUCAACAAUUUCAUUUAUUUGUUACACAAAUAAAACGAAGUUUAAUGACCCCUUCACAGAUGAAGAAAUUUUAAAUAUUAAGACUCAGGAGUAAAUGUAAGCCUUUGGACCAAUUAUCCACAAAGGCAAAACAACAUUUUAAUCAUUACUCUCUGUAUACAUCAAAACAGACAAUAUCUUAAUGACAUAUCCUUGCCUACAAAGACAUGAUAUUGAUAAAUACAUUCCUGAGAGUAGAGGUUGGUACAUAGAGGCGACUCGAAACUUUAAUAAUCAUGUACCUUAUGAUAAAUAUAAUUAUUCAUUAGCAUCCCCAUAUUUAUGUAUUAAUUAUGUGUAUUUUAGUAUUCCAAUCAGCCAGCAUUGGAUUAUCUAUGGCUAUGCCAUUGGUUGAUAAAAAUUUAGAACUAAUUGGAAGUGCUGCCUUUGAUUUGAUUCCUUCUAUGCUCAUUGCAAAUCUAAUUUAACAAUUCGGCUAAGAUUUCACAUCAAUAUAUUUAGUAUCCUUAGAUGGUAUAAUGAUUCUGCAUCCCUACAAGAUUACAUCUUAACAAUUGCCACUUUAUUUCUAUAAUACAUCUAUUACUGGAUUUACUGAAGAUGAUUGGAUAAGCUUAAACAGCGUCACAAUUAGUUCUAGUUGCAAAAACCAGACAAGUUAAAAAGAGUUAAAUUGCCUAUUUAAUUCCUUCUACAAUUAAGAUAUGUUUGUAAGCAUGUAAACUAUUAGUUCCUUCAAUAUUUCGAUUGUUGUGUAAAUUUUAAAAUUCACUAUUAAAGCUUAAUCAGUAGUUCUGAAUUUAACAAAUUCUAAGAAAAUUAUAAUGAUGAUUUAAUAUAGUAGUUGACAACAAGGUUCUACAUAUCAGUGAUUCAAUUGAUAAGUGUCUUUCUAUUUUUGUGUCUUGUUAUAUAUUUUAUCACCAAUUAAUUGUUUCAUCCUAUUGAGACAAUAAUUGAAUUUACAAUCAGCAAGAUACAAAAAAGGAGGUAGACUUAUUGAAUAUCAUAGUUAUCAACCAAAGAUGAUAUCAAACUUACUUUAGCAUUUUUUAAGUGUUCAAAUAGCAGAACUUUAUUAAUCAUGCAAUAAUUUUUAUAAAUUAUUAGAAAGGUUGUCUUUUACGAAAUCGAGUUAAUGCGAAUAAAUUGAAAAUUUGUAGUACCCUACUUUGGAGGAGAUAUAUUUUUUGAGUAAUCGUAUUAAUUUUAAACACUUAAAGUAAUUUAAAUAUGAUAUAUCUAUUUAGAUGUUAUUCUUAGAAAACAAGUUAGAAAAGUUUGGAGCACUAUUAUUUAAUUAAAAACAUUGUUAGAUCAGCUUUCAAAAGUGGCAAAAAAAAUUGUGAAUGA